AUGACAAUUGAGGAAGAGCAGUCCCGUGAAGAAGAGGAGACGGCUGAACAAAGUGAGGACAAGCUGGCAGAUGAGGGUGUGGACGUGGGUGCAGAGUCAGAGGAUGAUCCUAUGGACACUGUCAGUGACAAACAUGUCAUCCUCACUCAAUUAGAACAGGUGGAGGAGGAGGACAGUCCUGCUCUGCAGGAUGUGCUCAUGACCAAGAGCCAUCUGCAUCUUCCUGGGCUGGAGGAAGUGGAAGCCUUGGCCCUGCUCCUUUUAGAACUGGCAGACAACAGUGACCGUCACCUAGUGCCAGCUGACCUAAGGCUGAAGAUUGGCACUGCAGUUGGUGCUCUGCAUGAGCAUGACAGGUCUGCAGCCAACUUUGUAAAAAGGUAUGAGUCUAGGUGGGGUUACACCCUGUUUGGCAGAUGCUUGGGAGCUGACACACCUGAGAACAGAGCAGCACAGAAGACAAAGUUUUCCUGGAUGAGGUACCCUCAGGCAGCCCAGGUGACUGAGGAUAGUCGUCUGUUGUACCUCAUUAUUAAGAUGCUGAAAAACCGGCCACCAGCCAGUCGUCUCACCUCCCCCACUAAAAUCACCAAUGCAAUCAAGGGCCAGUAUAAAAGGAUUGUAGACCGAGUCAGAGACGAUCCCAUCCUCAACGGUCUCUCCAUUCCUCUGCCCAAUCUGAAUGCCAAGUCCAUCUCUACAUUCAUGGCACGGGAAGAGAAGAAGGCUAACUACAGGGCAACAGUAAUGCCAAAGGUGAAACCCCACCAAAGAGUGCUGUCAGAAGAACCAAUGCCAGCAGCUCCCACUCUGCCAGAAUCCCUACCAGCUCCAGAUCGACCUCAGGUUCAGUACCAGAGCCUACGUCAUACUGCUGGGAAAAGGCAUGGUCAGAAGCGGAGGGUAGAUGUGGAAGAGCCGGAGCUUGUGAACCGGCCCAUUCAACCUAAACCCCCUGUGUACAUCCCACCGAGAGCGUCAGCAGCACCUGUCCUGGUAGUGGUUCCUGCACAGCCACAGGGACCCUCCAUGAUGCUCUGUGGGGCAUCCAGAAGUCAAGGCUUCAUACCUUUCGCACCGCCUCCUGCGCUGACAUCCAGACCAAUCAAGCCUCAUAAAUCAAUGAAGCCUUGUGGGGCCUGCCAAGUACCCCAGUGUGGUGGGCAGCGUAAGAGAUACACGCCCUCCAAAGACAAGGCAGCUGAAAGUAGCCAAAAAAUAUUUACUUAUUGCCCAGCAACUAGGAAGUCCACCACUUCAGGUUUGAAGGUGUUGUGUUCAACAGUUUUGAACACUUCAAAAGUGUUGUAG